AUCGAAAGAAAAGAAGAAUACCAACACCAACAACAGGAACAGGAGCAACGACAACAACAACAACAACAAUAAUAAGAAGAAUAAGAACCUUCAUCUCCAACAAUCUACACAAAACUGAAUCCGAACCUUUUACUCUCUAUCCAAUUAUCACCCGAAUAUAACCACCAUGCGAGGUCUAUUAGUAUUUAUAUCCGACAUUCGCAAUUGUCGAGUGAGGGAAUUGGAAGAAAAACGAAUUAAUAAAGAAAUGGCAAACAUUAGAUCUAAAUUCAAAGAUGGCAGCUUGAAUGGUUACCAAAAAAAGAAAUAUGUGUGCAAGCUUCUUUACAUGUACAUUCUCGGCUGGGACAUUGACUUUGGUCAUCUCGAGGCAGUCAACCUUAUCUCUAGUACAGUCUACAGUGAAAAGCAAAUAGGAUAUUUGGCUGUCACUCUUUUAUUCCAUGAGAACAGUGACUUGGUACGCUUGGUGGUCAAUUCAACAAAGAAAGACUUGGAUGACAUGAACGAAAUCAACAACUGUCUUGCUUUACACGCAAUUGCAAAUAUUGGUGGCCGUGAAAUGGCUGAGUCAUUGGCUACUGACGUUCAUCGCUUAUUAAUCUCACCGACAUCAAAGAGUUUUGUAAAAAAGAAGGCUGCCCUUACUUUAUUACGUUUGUUUCGUAAACAUCCCGACGUAAUCCCUGUUACAGACUGGGCAGAUAGAAUUAUUGGAUUGAUGGAUGAAUAUGAUUUGGGUGUUGCAUUGUCAGUAACUACAUUGGUUCUUACUUUGGCUCAAAGUUUUCCUGUAGAGUAUGGUGGAUGUUAUGAAAAGGCAGUAAACCGAAUGAAGAGAACAUUGGUAGACCGUGAUUAUAGUCUAGACUACAUUUAUUACAAGGUACCUACACCUUGGUUGCAGGUCAAGUGUCUUCGUCUUUUACAAUACUAUCCUCCGCCAGAGGACCCGAAGCUGAGAGAAGACAUUAGCGAACUUUUACAAAUCAUCAUUACGAACUCUCAAGACGCUCCCAAGAAUGUUCAGCACAGUAAUGCUCAAAAUGCUGUUCUGUUUGAAGCCAUCAAUGUCGCCAUCCACCUGGAUAGUAACUCAACAAUAUGUGCACAGGCCGCUGCUCUUCUUGGGCGCUUUAUCUCUAGCAAAGAGACCAAUGUACGCUACCUCGGCCUGGAAACCAUGGCUCAUUUGGCUGCCUGUGUAGAUUCGCUGGAACCCAUCAAACGCCACCAAGAGACGAUUCUCAUGUCUUUGCGUGACAAAGAUAUCAGUGUCCGCCGCCGUGGUUUGGAUCUCCUCUACUCGAUGUGUGACACCUCCAAUGCAAAGAUCAUUGUGUCUGAGCUGCUGCGCUAUCUCCAGGUGGCCGACUAUGCAAUGCGCGAAGAGAUGGUACUAAAGAUUGCCAUCUUGGCAGAAAAGUUUGCAACAGCCUACUCGUGGUAUGUAGAUAUCAUUCUGCAACUCAUCUCUACUGCAGGCGAGCAGGUCGGAGAAGAGGUUUGGUUCCGUGUGGUCCAGAUUGUGACAAACAACGACGAGUUGCAAGAAUAUGCGGCCAAGACGGUUCUCAACUACCUUGGGUCUCCCCAGUAUAACGAGACUAUGGUCAAGGUGGGUGGCUACAUUCUCGGAGAGUUUGGACACUUGAUCGCAAACUAUCCUGGAUGCAGUCCGAUUGAGCAGUUCAAUGCCGUUCAUUCCAAAUUCAACCUCUGCUCGCUUCAGACCCGUGCCCUGUUGCUCACCACCUACGUCAAGUUUAUCAAUUUGUUCCCGGAGAUCAAGGGGCAGGUUCUUUCAGUGUUUAACCAGUACCGCUAUGUGCUCGACUCUGAACUGCAGCAACGUGCCUGCGAAUACCUUGCGAUCUCUACCAUGCCAACGGAUGACAUGCUUCAGACAGUGUGCGAAGAAAUGCCGCCUUUCCCGGAGCGUGAGUCUACCCUACUACUGAAACUGAACCAGAAGCACGGAGACACCGAGGACAAGCGUGUAUGGGUUAUUGGUGGCAAGGAAGCCAACAUGGAAAGACAGGAGGGCCUCAAGAGAAUUGCGUCUAUGCGCAUGAGCUCUGUAGACUCAGCCGGUGGUAACGGAAGCCCAACUAUUGUGAAUACCCCCUUGGCCUCAACUCCGCUCGCCAUUACUUCUACAGCCACACUUAGCCCAAGGGCUGCCUCUAUCCCCGUUAUCCCCACCAACCUACCCUUGGCCCAGGGAUACGAACUUGGUUUCAAUCGACUCCAGUGCUUUAAAGAGGGUGUGCUAUAUGAAGACGGGCAGAUUCAAUUGUCGAUAAAGACCGAAUAUCAUGGAUCUCAGGGAAGGAUUGGUCUGUACAUCAGUAACAAGACGCCUUUCCCGAUGACAAACGUUUUUCUUCAGAUACCACCUCAUGCACAACUGAAUAUUCAGCCUCAACAACCAGAAGAUACGUCCAAUACGAUUGGACCCCAAUCACAAACACAGCGUCUAAUCCAGGUCGAGUGUGUGGAUGUAUAUAGCAGUGCACCCGACUUGUUUUGUACAUACACACUCAAUGGACCACCAGAGUUUAUUCACCUCAAAUUGCCAGUCGUUCUGACCAAAUUCCAGGAACCUAUUGAGGCUAUGGAUGGAGCCAAUUUCUUUAAGAGAUGGGGACAGUUGGGUGGCCCACCCCGGGAGAGCCAGAUUAUUUUCAAGAGUGAAGGAGGACCAAUCCAGCUUCCAAUUGCAGAUGCUGUCUUGCGUGGUUAUCGCUUUGGCUUACUACAGGGUGUAGAUCCAAAUCCUAAUAACUUUGUGGGUGCAGGUGUAGUUGAUGCUGGAACGACUGGAGGAAAAGUGGGUGUGCUGUUACGGCUGGAACCGAACUUGGAACAGAACAUGUACCGCCUGACCAUUCGAUCUCCCAAUGAACUUGUGUCAGAUCAUGUUCGUGCUUUACUUGAACGUACACUGAUGUACGGUGCCUAAACACCAGCCAAGGUCCAAUCUAUAAAACAACUGCAACAACAACGAUUAUAAUAAUAAUAAUACUAUACACAUGAGAAGGAAGCCUUUUCUUUUAAUGAAAAAAAAUAUAGCAACCACAACAACAAAAGAAUCCCGCACCUUUCUUAUAUUUCUUCCCUUCAAUUUUUCACCACUAUUCUUCCCACCAUUAUCUCUGUCUCUGUAUCAAUUCUCUCACAUUUUCUCUUUGCCACCGUGUGAUCCAAUACCAAUCAUAUUAUUUACAAAGCUU